UCACGCAAGUCUCUUCACGCUCAGCCCGUCUACGGCACCGCUGUCCUCCGCAAACACAUACACACGUACGUUACGUGUAUUGUUACUCUGUACCUGCCCGACGCGCCACUCUGUGCUAUACGGCUCUAACGACAACAACGCGACGCGGCCCGUUCAGUUUUCUGUGUUUGGCGCGAAAAAUUUGACACUUGCGGACAUAGAACUCGGCGCGGUUUUCUUCCCGACCGGCACUCAGGGUUUUGGCAACUUUUGCCACCAAGUGGAAGUGUGAGUUAAGUGGUGCCUGCGGUUUCGGACGACAGCUGAAGGAUGUCUCAGGAUGCAUAAAUCACUGACGGCUGAGUGACGUGCGAUCAAAACAUUGUAGCCGAUCCGAAAGGUCACAGAUUCGGUGACUCCAACCGUGGACUGUUUUACGAUCCAUAACAAAGUGAUAAACGAUUAAUAAAUAAUCAUAGGCCCCCAUCUCCGUAGAUAUCAUUGUGGAAAAUAAUAAGAAUAAACUAGACAAAGGUUGUUUGGACAUAAACUUUACGAUUAUUGCUGUAUAAAAGGAAGGCCGGUCAUAACGUCGGAUUUAUUAUGCUGUAAACGACUAGUUUGGAAAUUUUCGAGAACCAGUAAUUCAAAAUAUGCUUCCCUGAUCCUGAGCGGACGAGAAGGUGAUAAAAAGUUUUUUUGGAGGUCGACUGGGACGAAUUUUCAAUCCGCCUCUUCUUCGGGGAAAACCUCGAGGCGGUCCUGCGCUUUAGUUCGGUUUGGGCGGUGAAGAUGGAAGAGGGGUGGGAGAGCCACGUGUCCCCCUUGAUGAUGGGGGUCGGUAUGAGCGAUAUGGAGGGUAUUGGGGACAUGCCCCCUUGCGGGGGAGGUGGACAUGAGAUUGUUGGAGGCGAGAUGAUGCCGCAACACCACCACGAGGGUAUGAGAGGUGGACAUGGGGAGAUGCACCAUGAUAUUGGGAGGGGAAUGGGACCGGAUAUGGUACACGGGAUCAGAGAGCAUCUUGGGAGAAGUAUGAAUGCACAGCACGACUAUUUUGGACAGGAGCUUCUUUCUGCGAACGCUGGCUCAUCCCCAGUGUCCGGAGGAGGUUCCCUGAGUCCCGGAGGUUCUGCAGGACUUCCAGGUACCCUUUCCCCCGGUGGAACCUCCUCCACUGGUCCCACGCAAUGCUGCGAGUCCGGCAGACCCCUUAUGACAGACCCCGUGACAGGCCAGAGCAUGUGCUCCUGCCAGUACGACAGCGCGAGGUUGGCCCUGCAGUAUCCCAGAGGUGUCAGCAUGUAUGGAACCCCUUACCCGUCCACCGACCAAAACCCUUACCCCAGUAUAGGGGUCGAAUCCUCGGCCUUCUACUCGCCUUUGACGAACCCUUACGCCUUGAAAGAUACGGGUGCAACAGGUACAGACAUGAGCGCUUGGACAAGUGCUGGUCUUCAGCCAACCACAGGUUACUACCCCUACGACCCAGCGUUAGCAUAUGGCUAUGGAGCCGGCUACGACCUUGCAGCUAGAAGAAAAAACGCCACAAGAGAGUCGACAGCCACCCUAAAAGCGUGGCUGAACGAACACAAGAAAAACCCUUACCCCACCAAAGGCGAGAAGAUCAUGCUUGCCAUCAUCACCAAAAUGACCCUCACCCAGGUAUCGACGUGGUUCGCGAACGCUCGAAGAAGACUGAAGAAAGAGAACAAGAUGACGUGGGAGCCUAAGAACAAAACGGACGACGAUGAUGACGCUACUGUCUCAGACUCGGACGACAAGGAUAAGGACGAUGAUGAUAGGAGAGAAACGACAGACAUUCACGGUAGAAUAAAAUCGGAAAGAAGCAGGGGCCAAGACGACGAUGAUUUGCAAGAUGACGAUAGGAAAGACGACAUCUUGGGUACCAACAUGCACCACAUCAUGAGUAACGGUUAUGGGAUGAAACCUGAAAUGAAGACUUCAGACUGCGGAGUACCUUUACCGCCUAGCAAGCCUAAGAUAUGGUCUUUGGCCGAUACGGCGGCUUGCAAAACACCUCCACCACCUCCCCCAGCUCAGCAGUGGUUAGGUAAUAACGGUUUCGCUUUACCGAGUUCGAGGUACAGCACAGGAGGAUUCUUACCUAGUCAUUGUCAACAGGGCUUUCCGGAUGUACAGACGGACACGCCGCCACAAACGCCUCCCAAUAUGACGUUGCCCAGCGUCGCUGGUAACCUGACGCCCAGUCAGGGCGCCACCAGCUGCAACGGCACUUCUUCCAGUGGCGUCGGCGGCGGUUACACGCCGCAGCCAGGGUUCUUGGGGGGUUUCACUAGGAUGCAAGGAGCAAACACACGACCCUCGCCGCAGAAUGGGCAAGGGAUGGCUCAGACGCACCCUGACAACGCCGCCUUCAAACCUUUCUAUAAGACCUCCCAGAAUAUGAACGGAGGUUUCGUGUCGCCAGUCUAGAAGGCCGAUGUUGAGCGUUCUCCGGACGUGUCGAGUGGGAAGGUGAGGAACUCCGAUGGUUAAAAAAAAAGCCGAAUCCUGCAAAACCGGGCAAAGUGCAACGAAAAGAGUGGUUAGCGAGCUUGGCCGCACGUGGAUAAUAGAAAAAUCUGUUGUAUAUUCGUGUAAAGGCAUUUAUUUAUAUCUGUGAUAAUGAACAAAGCAAAUUGUUUUGCACGCUAAUGGCGUAUUGGACUUUUUGGGUAAAAAAAUUUGUAAACGACGAGUUUACAAACUCGUCUGUAUAUGUGCAACUUUUCAACGAACCGCAGUCUCAUUUUUGACCACCUGCUGCAAACCCAACACUCCCCGAACAGAAGAAUAUAAUAUACUGUUAUUAUAGUUCUCCUCUUCGAUAUGUUCGGUCCAGUAUGGUUGGUCACUUGAGAAAUAUGACUGUUUUUUGAACUUGAAACUAUUUUAUUGUUAUCGAUUUUUCUUUUAUUAAAUGAAUUGUUGUAAAUAAAGAUACCAUAUCACAAAUUUGUAAUAAAAUAUGUUAUUGAAACUAACGUUUUGUUGUCAUUUCUAGCCCUAAAUUAUUGUACAGUAUUGUAUUUGUAAAUAAGUCAGUGUGUAUAGAAGGAUACAGAUACUAUUAUUAUGAUUGUCUUAAUUGAAAUAUAAGAAGAUUCUAAA